AGGAAGAGGGGGAGGGGGAGGCUGUUGCAUGAAGCAGCCACACAAAGGACCUUGCUUGUGAGGGAGGAAGAGGCAUCUCAGACAGAGCGGUGACCAGGAAUGAGAUGAGAAAUAAAUAAACCUGAUCCAUCCAGGAGCAGCCGUGCAGCCAGAGAUGUUUCAAGCUAAGAUUCCAACCACAAGUGCGGCGGGCCAUGAUUCUGCCUGUAGUCCUGGAGCAAGUGUGGUUCAGAGGUCAAAGUCCUUCAGUAUGAAGCCCCCCGUUAGAGAGCUCUGCUCGUCCUGUCAGACAACUGUGUACCCCAUGGAGAGACUGGUCGCCGAUAAGCACAUUUUCCACAACAGAUGCUUCUGCUGUAAGCACUGCAGUACAAAGCUGAGCCUCGGCUCCUACGCUGCCCUCCACGGCGAAUUUUACUGCAAGCCUCACUUCCAGCAACUUUUUAAGAGCAAAGGAAACUACGACGAAGGAUUUGGACGCCGACCCCACAAGGAUCUGUGGACCCACAAGGAACAAGAGGCUCCUGGGGACAAAGCUCCUUGAUGGGGUUUACUCACCUGCAACUCGCCUGGCUCUUUGUUCCUCACCCACAUUGCACCUGGGGGUGGAGCGAUUGUGUGCCUCCGUGUGGGUUAUAAUGCAGAUAAAAGGCACUUUUUUUUAAGAUAGGAUGUAGCUUAAGCAGUUAAUCUCCUCCUGGUGGUGGGAGCACUUAACUGCAAACAUCAGAUGCCACUUGGGCCUUGAAGACCUCGAAGUGCACAGUUUUUUCCUUGGACCUGUCAUUGUCAAUCUCAUUUUAUGUAUAGUUAAGUCUGGCAUUCUAUGAUGG